AUGCUGCAGACCAUCACCGCCAUUGCCCGUCGGGAGCAUGAAGGCCCAGAAGCGCUGGAAGCCAGGCAGGGCAAGCCCCUACAAAAUAGUCGGGCGGUGACUCAACGUGGCAACGUUGCCUUGUUGCCAGUCACUGGCCCGGUGUUUCGCUAUGCCAACUUGUUUACGGCGUUGUCAGGUGCAACCUCACUGGAUGUUCUGGCGAAAGAGUUCACCGCCGCCGGUGAUGAUCCGCGAACAGACACCAUCAUCCUGGUGAUGGAUACACCUGGCGGCAUUGCCAGCGGCAUCGCUGAGUUUGCUCAGAUGAUCCGCGCGUCUCCCAAGCGGGUGGUGGCCUAUGUGUCCGGCAACGCGGCCAGUGCCGGUUACUGGAUGGCGGCAGCGGCCCAUGAAAUUGUCAUGAGCCGUACCGGCGCCGUGGGAUCCAUCGGCACCGUGUUGACGGUGCGCAAGAGCGGCGACGACGGCAGCUUCGAAAUCGUCAGCAGCCAAAGCCCGAAAAAGCGGCCGGACUUCGGUACCGAAUCAGGCCGCGCUGUCGCACAGGCCCACGUCGACCGCCUGACCGACAUCUUCGUCGAGGACGUCGCUAAUUAUCGCGGCCUCAGUGUUGAAACCGUCCUGGCUGACUUCGGCCAGGGCGACAUGCGGAUUGGCUCGGAUGCCGUGGAACUGGGCAUGGCCGACCGUGAAUCCACCCUUGAAAACCUUAUCGCCGAAUUCAACGGCAGUCCCUCUGGAGAUCGAUCCAUGUCCGCACCAAACAGCAGCACCGUAACAGCUCCAACCACCGACAAGCCGGCCAUCACCCGUGAAUAUUUGGCCGCGAAUCACGCGGAAUUGCUGGCCAGCCUGGAGCAUGACGCACAUGCAGCUGGCGCUCGCGCCGAGUGCGAUCGCAUCAAGGCAGUCGAGGCGGCGGCUUUGCCCGGGCAUGAAGAGCUGAUCGCCAGCCUCAAGUUCGAUGGCAAAACCAGCGGCGCCGAGGCGGCUGCACAGGUGAUUGGUGCCGAAAAGUCCAAGCGCGCCACUGCUCUUGCCGACAUUCGCAACCAGGCCCCUGCGGCGGUACCCAACGCACUCACGCCACCGGCUGCACCAGCUGCCGCCGAAGAGGAUCCAGAGGCGCCCCUGGAAGAGCGCGCCAAAGCGACCUGGGACGGCGAUAAGGAACUGCGCGCCGAGUUUGGCACCUUCGAGGCCUACCACGGUUAUCGCAAGGCCACCGACCGUGGUUUGGUCAAGGUUCUGAAAAAG